AUGGCGAGCACCGAGACUAGAAGGGAGUGUGAGACAGACGGCUGCAGCAAGGACGCCAAACUUCAGUGUCCCACAUGUAUUAAGCUUGGUAUUCAAGGCUCCUAUUUCUGUUCACAGGAAUGUUUCAAGGGGAGCUGGGCAUCUCACAAGUUGCUGCACAAAAAAGCAAAGGAAGACAAGAACCAGAAUGAGUCCAAGAACUGUGUGGAGAACGACAUCAACACAGACCCAUGGCCAGGCUACCGCUAUACAGGAAAACUACGCCCUUACUACCCACUGACUCCCAUGAGGCCCGUGUCCGGUGACAUCCAAAGACCCGACUAUGCUGAUCAUCCCAGAGGAAUGUCUGAGUCCGAGCAGUUUCUGAAGGGGACGUCACAGAUCAAGAUCCUUUGUCCCGAAGACAUCGAAGCCAUGAGAGUGGUGUGCAAGCUGGCACGAGAAGUCCUAGACAUCGCAGCCAAGAUGGUGAAACCGGGCGUUACAACAGAAGAAAUCGACCACGCCGUGCAUCUGGCUUGUAUAGAAAGGAACUGCUACCCCUCCCCUCUAAACUACUACAACUUCCCCAAAUCCUGCUGCACGUCUGUCAAUGAGGUCAUCUGCCAUGGCAUCCCGGACAGAAGACUACUACAGGACGGAGAUAUACUCAACGUGGACAUCACCGUCUACCACAACAGUUUCCAUGGUGACCUUAAUGAAACCUUCUAUGUCGGAGAGGUGGAUGAAGGAGCGAAGAAGCUGAUUCAGACCACCUAUGAAUGCCUUAUGCAAGCCAUCGACUCUGUAAAGCCUGGCGUUCGCUACAGAGAACUAGGUAACAUCAUCCAGAAGCACGCCCAGGCUAACGGCUUCUCUGUGGUGCGGAGCUACUGUGGCCACGGCAUCCACAGACUUUUCCACACCGCUCCCAACGUGCCACAUUAUGCCAAAAACAAAGCAGUUGGAGUAAUGAAGCCUGGCCAUGUGUUCACCAUUGAGCCCAUGAUAUGUGAAGGUGGCUGGCAAGACGAGACGUGGCCUGACGGCUGGACGGCGGUGACCAGAGACGGGAAACGCUCGGCUCAGUUCGAACACACCCUGCUGGUGACAGAGACCGGCUGUGAGAUCCUCACCCGCCGCCUCGAGGACAACGGUCGCGCUCAUUUCCUGAGUCAAAUUCACCAUUUACCUUGAUGUGGGGAUUCUCCUGGUGUGAGCAGCAUUCAUUAUUUCUACAUUUUUCAGAGGACUAAUGUGAUCACAGUUUCUCUGCCAUCUUUGUAUUUCUUCUAAUGGAGUAAUAAAUGACUCUUGUGUA